UCAAUGAAUCAGGAAGUGAGAGCAGGAAGUACCGUUUUGCUUGCAAGGCUACCUCACGACUGUUGUGCUUGUCAUUACCAUUUAUACAAAUUCUAAAUUUCCUGCGGAACCUGAACGCACCAUUAAAAGCCAAACGAGGUCGGCUAGCAACCGUUAGCUGUCAGCAGCCGGGUCUCAACCAUCGCGUCAAGAUGGAAGUGACACGCAAAUCUUUUAAAGACUGUUUAAACUUGGUGUACGCCGCGAUAGAGGAGGCCGACUUUCUCGCAAUCGAUGGAGAGUUUUCAGGGAUCAGCGAUGGACCCAGCGUCAGUGCGCUCACCAAUGGGCUGGACACACCGGACGAACGCUACACCAAGCUUAAAAAGCAUUCCAUGGAUUUUCUACUCUUUCAAUUUGGGCUGUGUACCUUCAAAUAUGACCAGAAAGACUCAAAGUAUAUCACAAAGACUUUUAACUUUUAUAUAUUUCCAAAACCUUUCAAUCGGACUUCGCCUGACAUCAAAUUUAUCUGCCAAAGUUCAAGUAUUGACUUUUUGGCCAGUCAAGGCUUUGACUUCAACAAGGUAUUCUGCCAUGGAAUCCCCUACCUGAACCAAGAGGAAGAGGCCCAGCUGAGGGAGCAAACUGAGGAGAGGCGGAGUCAGCAGGCCAACGGUGUUGGUACUCCGUCCUUCAUCUCGCCGUCCUCCAAAGGGCCUGCUCAUGUGCCCGACGAGCACAAGGACUUCAUCAACAGGGUGGUGGAGAAGGUGGAGGCCCUGUUCGUUGGCACCGACAAGACUGUCGACCUGGAGCCGUGCACUGGGUUCCAGAGGAAGUUGAUAUACCAGACACUCAACUGGAAGUUUCCAAAGGGGCUCCAUGUGGAGACCAUGGAAAUAGAUAAGAAGGAGCGCUUUAUCCAAGUCAGUAAGGUGGAUGAAGAGGAGAAGAAAAAGAUGGAGCAGCAAAAACUGGAAAAGGAGCAGGGACAGUUAAAUGAUGCCGUCGGCUUUUCUCGGGUCAUCCACGCCAUCUCCAAAUCUGGUAAACUAGUGGUGGGCCACAACAUGCUACUGGACGUGAUGCAUACCAUCCACCAAUUCUACUGUCCUCUACCUGAAGAUCUUCAAGAUUUUAAAGAGGUCACCAUGUGUGUUUUCCCGAGGCUUUUGGAUACAAAGUUGAUGGCGUCCACUCAACCCUUUAAGGAUCUGAUUAGCAACACAUCUCUAGCGGAGCUGGAGAAGCAACUGAACGAAAGCCCUUUUAAGGCUCCUCAAAUUGAGGCGGCCGAAGGGUUUCCCAGUUACAACACAGCCAAGGAGCAGCUGCACGAGGCCGGCUAUGACGCCUACAUAACUGGACGUUGCUUCAUCUCCAUGGCCAACUUCCUGGGUUCCUUUUUAACGCCACCCAGAGCGUACGUAUCGGCUCAGUCCAAACUUGUCGAGCCUUUCUAUAACAAACUUUUCCUGAUGAGGAUAAUAGACAUCCCCUACCUCAAUAUCACAGGACCAGACUUGCAACCGAAGAGAGACAAUGUCCUCUAUGUGACCUUCCCCAAAGAAUGGAAGACCAGUGACCUCUACCAGCUUUUUAGUGCCUUCGGAAACAUUCAGGUCUCAUGGAUGGACGACACGUCCGCAUUUGUGUCCCUCAGUCAAACUGACCAGGUACAAAUAGCUAUGAACACCAGCCGCUACGCUGAGAGCUACAAGAUCCAGACGUAUGCAGAGUACGUCCAGCGAAAGCAGCAGGAGAAAGAGAAGUUGACUCCUGCUUCUAAGUCCUGGAUGGAAGACGGGUGGGUGAAGUCUCACUACGCAGCUUCUGGUGCUUCUGGCGGCUUCGGAUACUCCAGAGCUCUGAGGAAGCGUAGCGGCAGUCCCACUGUAGCGGAACAGGGAAGCCCAGAGGCCGGAGAUGGCUGGAGUAACUACUCGUUCCCAGACAACGCGGGAAGCAAGAAGAUGAAAACCGAUGAAGUUGUGGAGAGCAAAACGUCAGAGGGAUGGUUAAAGACCAGUGACACAAAAGAAUCCUUCGGGUCAAGUCCCGUCCUGGAGGGAGAUGGUGCCGAUCCAGUGAAAGAUACCGAGGGGACACUUAGCUGGCAACAGGCCUCAGCAGAUGCAGCGGUGCCAGCACGUAAAAGUCAAAAGAAUAAGAAGAAGAAAUCUGAAGCUGCUGGUGCGUCUACAUCACUGUUUGAGGUUCCUGAGGUAUGGUAGCAGUUAAGACGAGAAGCACUCGGACUGUUGCUCGAGGGAGUCGGGAUCACUGGGAGAGCGCCGGCUAGCAGGUGUGGACCAGCACACAAACGCCACAAGCCAUAUUGACGGUUCCGCUUUUCCACACUUCAACACAACUUCACCUUGAAUUUAAAACUGUUCUUUUAUACACGUGAUAAUACGGGAAUGGGGCGACGUGGGCGCCACCAUUUUUACUCGCGUGCGUGUAGGUUAAGCUGCUGUUAUGUGAACAUGUAGUUUACAACAUCAGGGUUCAGCGUAAUGUCUAUUUGAACAGCUGUCCAUUUUUAAAAAAAAUAUUAUAACAUGCUCUUGUUUUAUCAAGCAUAUACAAAAGCGAUAUCAUCACCAUUAUCAAUGUGAUAAUUUAUUAAGGCGCCGAUUUGGACCCUUCAGAAGGUGCUUCUACUUGUUGUGUUUUUGUACAGAUGUUUGUUUUGUAGCUGUAUGGAAAAAGUGUCAAAACAGUAUAA